AUGGAAUCCCUCCAGAAGCCCUUAAAGCAGACACAAAGACUUCAGCAGACAUGUUACUACCCCUCCUGCAGAAGAUAUGACUUUGAAAAGGCCUUUGAUAGUGUUGAUAGAAAAGUCAUCUGGAAACUACUACAGCAUUAUGGAACGCCUCCUACCUUUAUCAACCUGAUACAACAAUUGUAUGACGAGGCAACAUGCCAAGUCAUCCACAAUGGAAAGCUUACUGAAGCGUUCGAGGUACAGACUGGGGUUAGACAAGACUAUUUGCUGUCACCAAUGAUUUUUCUAGUGGUAGUGGACUGGAUCAUGCGGGAGACAACGAAAGAUAGUAAGACAGGAGUCCAGUGGACUUUCACUCAGUGUUUGGAAGACCUUGACUUUGCAGAUGAUCUAUGCCUCAUGUCCCAGAAGUAUGAACAUAUGCAGCUCAAGACAAAUAGGCUUGCAAAAGAAGCAGCAAAGACAGGUCUAAAGGUGAACAUCGAAAAGACAGAGGUGAUGUGGCUCCACAACAAACAGCAAACGCCAUUUACACUUGGAGAGCACAUCCUUAAAGAUGUAGAAUCCUUUACAUACUUAGGCAGUAUCGUCACAGCCACUGGUGGAACAGAUGAAGACAUAAAAGCUAGAAUUAACUAG